AAAUAUAAAGCCGUUGUCAUUUUGUAAAAAUUUGACGUAUUAAUCCUGGUCGUUCGUUCUUUUAAGACAUCAUCACAUUUGCUAAAUUGCUAGUUUGCUACCAGUUCUUACAUUUUUCCAUAUCUUUCUCUCUCCUCCUCUUUCUCAUUCGAAAUCGCAAAGUUUUUCAAAUUUAGGGCAAAAUUAUGGACGCCAAGAUCGGAAAAUUCUUUGAAUCUGUCGGAAAUUUCUUUGGUGGUGGCGAUCAAAUUCCUUGGUGUGAUCCUGAUACUAUUUCUGGCCUUGAACGAGAGGUAGCAGAGGCUUCUAAUGGUAGUGAACAGCAGAGAAGUGAAACUCUCAUGAGGCUUUCAUGGGGCCUUGUCCAUUCUAAACGUCCUGAAGAUGUGCAGCGAGGGAUAGCCAUGGUUGAAGCAUCGCUGGCCAACACUGGCAGUAGUCCGCUUGAAAGGAGAGAGAAAAUCUAUCUGCUUGCUGUCGGCUACUACAGAAGUGGUGAAUUUUCACGAAGCAGGCAACUCGUGGAACAAUGUCUGGAGAUUGCACCUGACUGGAGGCAAGCAUUAACCCUGAAGAAAAAUGUGGAAGAUCGAAUUGCCAGAGAUGGUGUCAUUGGGAUAGGCAUAACAGCCACUGCGGUGGGACUCCUUGUUGGAGGGAUUGCUGCAGCUGUGACUCGAAAGAAGUGAGGAUCUAAAUCUUAUUCAAGUCAAAAGGAUAAAUGCAAACAACCAUAUAUUUUUGACUAUGCUUUCUGUGAAGAUGUAAUGGCUACAUAUACUUUGUUCAUGGAUUGACUUGAUAAAUAAUCCUUCAACGUAGUUAGGGGUUUUUUUUCUUUCUAUUUCAUACAUGACUUGAUGUAUUGCCAUUAGGCAGUUUUGUGUUUCUUGACAAACCAAAUUUUAUCUGAGUAUAUUGUUGAA